ACUACACCAACGAAUGACCCCCUUGCUCAUGAGUGAUAUUCUUUCCAGUAAAGCGCCCGUUCAGGUAUUCGUAUAUCGCAACAUAGUACUCAACUUACUAUUAAAUUCACACAGCGAUAAGACAGGAAAAUAGAACCAGUCAAGAUAUGGAAAAAGAAGCAAUUAGGAGUGCCGAUUGCAGGUUUGUCCGAUCGGACUUGAGGCAUCGGAGAACCAUGCAGCAUCUUCUCCGAUCCUUGAAAGAGACCCACAACUUCUAGACUCGAAUAAACCACUAAUCAAGAUUUCUUUAAGCUCACUUUUGGAUCGAAAAGUCUCAAAAGGAUGGCUUUCUUUCUGUUACCCUUCCUGACCGAACAGUCCUUCUACAGUCCAUCCAUACUCAACCGUGAUGGAAGCCUAUUUCCAGUACAGAAGAAUCCAGCGGGCAGUUCGGCACGAAUUGUCAGAGCUCGAAAAAGAUUGCAACUGCCAGAAAUAUACCGUCGGGUCUCUUCAUGAUGCAAGCUGUGGACUCAGCAUCAAGAACGACAGCCUUGAAAAGCAAUCCUCGACGCAAGCCCAAGCACCCGAUGAUAUAAUUCUUAGUGUCAAGCGAAAGAUGGUUAUGACCUUGUUGGUGUCUUUGAUCGCCCUCGCGGUGACUGCAGCGUCUGCAAUCGACGCCUGUGGUGUGAGGGAAUAUAGCGAGUAUUUCCAAGUGUCCGAGGUUGUUGGGUCCCUUGCAACAGGCCUAUUCUUAGUCGGAUUCGCCUGCGGAUCCUUACUAUCCGGCCCCUUCUCAGAAACCUUCGGGCGAAACGCAAUAUACUUGUCAACGAUGCUGCUUUUCUUGAUAUUUAUCAUGGCCUCAGGCCUUGCUCCGAACCUCCAAAGCCACCUUAUCUUCCGCUUCAUCGCGGGAUUCUUCGCCUCUACACCACUCAGCUGCGCUGGCGGCACCGUCGCGGACUUAUGGAAUCCUUUAGAAAAGACAUAUGCUUUUCCUGCCUACUCGGUACCGGCGUUUAUUGGGCCCAUGAUCGGCCAGAUGAUUGGCAGCUACAUCCCCACUACCCUGGGAUGGCGCUGGCUGGAGUGGAUUAUGCUUAUAAUGGGGGGUGCUGUUCUCGUGAUCGUUCUCUUGUUCCAGCCAGAGACCUACGGCCAUCUUCUACUCUACUGGAAAGCGUCAAUUCAUCGAAGGGAAACCGGUGAUCAGCGAUAUCGAGCUCCGAUGGAAAUGAAUCGCGAAGGGCUGGGCCAGCGUCUGAAGGUGUCCGUCUACAGACCCUUCGCGAUGUUCUAUUCCGAGCUGAUCAUCAUCCUGAUGUCGCUGUAUCUGACCAUUAUCUAUAUCGUCCUGUUUACCUUUCUCGAGGGAUACACAUACAUGUUUGGCGAGACCUACGGCCUCUCAGAGGGCCUGACUAGUCUUUGCUGGACCGGCAUGCUCGUUGGCAUUCUACUCGUCACCUGCAUCGUGCCAGUCGUGUACAACCUGACCGCGAGGGAAUAUAAACGGAGCAAGUCAUCCACCAUUGCACCGGAGAUCCGGCUCUGGUAUACAAUGCUGGGCGGGGCACCCGCCGUGCCGAUCAGUUUGUUCUGGAUGGGAUGGACCAGCAAUCCUUCAAUUUCCAUCUGGUCCCCGCUCGUCGCCUCCGUUCUGUUCGGCUUCGGCAUCACGACCAUCUUCAUUGUCGCGUAUAUGUAUCUCAUCGAUUCAUAUGGUAUAUACUCGGCCUCGGCGCUGGGUUUCCUGGUGUUCACGCGAUAUGCCGUGGCGGGAGGGGUUACUGUCGCCGGAGGCCCGAUCUACAGAGCCAUUGGUGUUCACUACACACUUACCAUUCUGGGGUCGAUUAGUGGUGUUAUGACGCUGGUGCCUUAUCUGUUAUAUGUGUACGGACCGAGAAUUCGGAAGAGAAGCAAGUAUGCGGUGAACGUUGACGUGAAUUAA